CGCGUAUGGGUCCUCUUCGUGGCAGCGUCCAGUCUGAUAACACAGUGAAGCAGAGCAGCUCGUAUCGCCUCUGCUGUCAAGCAGCGGCGGCAGCAGCAUCCGCCGGGUCUGGUGGCGGAGAGGAUGGUCCACCGGGGAAGCGAAUGACAGCCGUCCGACAAUGGCCCUCGAUGUCCGCAAGUUUCCAAACGUCUGCUGCUUGGACUCCAGCAAGUUUUACGCCUCUUUCGGCUGAAAGACUUUCGUCUCGCAGCAGCUUUAUACUGCUGAGUGGUGAUCCAUACUGGAAGGAAGGCUCAGAGCCAUGCCGCUGUAAAUUGUGACCUGUGGUGAACGGGGGAGGCAGAAGAAGAGGCGGCCAGGUGAAGAGUGAUCUGCCACAGCUCCCGGUAGUUGGCCCCCCCCUCGCCGGCGCAAAGCGAUGGGAAACACGGCCACAAAGUUCCGCAAGGCGCUGGUGAGCGGCGACGAGGCUCUGGCAUGGCAGCUGUACGAGGGGAACCCUCAGUUCAGGGACGGCCUGGACCCGAACGCCUCAUACGGAGAGCAGUACCAGCACAACACACCGCUGCACUAUGUGUGCCGCCACGCCAUGACACGCCUGCUCAGGUCGUUCUUGUUCAGCAAAGAGGGGAACCCCAACAAGCGGAACGUGCACAACGAGACGUGCCUCCACGUGCUGUGUCAAGGCCCGCAGAUCCUGCUGCUGCCAGAGGGGGCGCUGUCGCCUCGGCUGGCCCGGCCGCAGAGGGACGAGCAGCGUCGCGCCGACUGCCUGCAGAUGAUCCUGAGCUGGACCGGAGCCAGGCUGGAAGGAGGCCAGUACGAGAAGGCCAACGUCAACGCCACCGAUAACCACCGCAGCACCUGCCUGCACUACGCCGCUGCGGCGGGCAUGAAGAGCUGUGUAGAGCUGCUGAUCCAGAGCGAUGCAGAUCUGUUCGUGGAGGACGAGGACAAGCUGACGCCGUGCGACCACGCCGAGCGGCACCACCACACCGAGCUGGCCCUCAGUCUGGAGUCGCAGAUGGUUUUCUCGUCCGCCUCGGCUCAGCAGUCCAGCGGAGACGCUCACGGGGAAACCAGCCUGCUGCACUACAAGGAGCCUUACGAGGGACUGAAGCUGCAGGAUCUCCGCAGGCUGAAGGACAUGUUGAUCGUAGAGACGGCAGACAUGCUGCAAGCCCCCCUUUUCACCGCCGAGGCUCUUCUCCGAGCACACGAUUGGGACAGAGAAAAGCUUCUGGAAGCCUGGAUGUCCGAUGCCGAGGGCUGCUGCCAGCGCUCCGGCGUCACCAUGCCAGCCCCGCCGCCCAGCGGCUACAACGCCUGGGACACCCUGCCAUCACCCCGCACCCCCAGGACCCCGCGGUCCCCCCUUACACUCACCCUCACCUCCCCCACCGACAGCUGCCUCACACAGGGAGAGGAGGGCCUGGCCACGUGUGGCAUCUGCCUCUGCUCCAUCUCCGUCUUCGAGGAUCCAAUCGACAUGUCCUGUGGCCACGAGUUCUGCAGAAUCUGCUGGGAGGGCUUCCUGAACAUAAAGAUCCAGGAGGGCGACGCCCACAACAUCUUCUGCCCGGCGUACGAGUGCUACCAGCUGGUACCGGUUCAUGUGAUCGAGAGUCUGGUCUCCAGGGAGAUGGACCAAAGAUAUCUGCAGUUUGACAUUAAGGCCUUUGUGGAGAACAAUCCCUCCAUCCGCUGGUGUCCCGUGGCUCGCUGUGAGCGGGCGGUGAGGCUCACCCGACCCGGACCCGGUGACAACGACCCCCACAGCUUCCCGCUGCUGCCCUCUCCAGCUGUGGACUGUGGCAAAGGUCACCUGUUCUGCUGGGAAUGUCUCGGCGAGGCCCACGAGCCGUGUGACUGUCAGAUGUGGAGAAACUGGCUCCAGAAAGUCACAGAGAUGAAGCCGGAGGAGUUGGCAGGAGUGAGCGAGGCCUACGAGGACGCUGCUAACUGCCUGUGGCUGCUGACCAACUCCAAACCGUGCGCCAACUGCAAGUCACCCAUCCAGAAGAACGAAGGCUGCAACCACAUGCAGUGUGCCAAGUGUAAAUACGACUUCUGUUGGAUCUGUCUGGAGGAGUGGAAGAAGCACAGCUCGUCUACUGGAGGCUACUAUCGCUGCACUCGCUAUGAGGUCAUUCAGCAGCUUGAAGAGCAGUCUAAAGAGAUGACUGUGGAGGCAGAAAAGAAGCACAAAAGUUUCCAGGAGCUGGACCGUUUCAUGCACUACUACACCCGCUUCAGGAACCACGAGCAUAGCUACAGGUUGGAGCACAAGCUGCUCAAAACCGCUAAAGAGAAGAUGGAGCAGCUGAGCAGAGCCUUCAUCAGCCGUGAGGGCUCCCCUCCGGACACACGGUUCAUCGAGGACGGCGUGACGGAGCUGCUGAAGACGCGGCGCAUUCUCAAGUGCUCAUAUCCGUACGGCUUCUUCCUGCAGCAGGGCAGCACGCAGAAGGAGAUCUUCGAGCUGAUGCAGACCGACCUGGAGAUGGUGGUGGAGGAUCUGGCCCAGAAGGUCAACAGGCCGUAUUUGAGGACGCCGCGUCACAAGAUAAUGAGCGCAGCGCGGCUGGUGCAGCAGAAGAGGCAGGAGUUCCUGGCCUCGGUCUCCCGCGGCGUUGCUCCCAACGACUCUCCUGAGCCUCAGCGCAGGACUUACGCCGGAGGGUCGUGGGACUGGGAGUACCUCGGCUUUGCAUCUCCUGAGAUGGGAAGCCGUCAUUCCGUGCUGGGAGCCGGCGACCACCGAGACGGAGCGUCGCAGGAUUACGCCGACAUCCAGUACCGCCGCAGACACAGACCGCGGCGCAGAGGAGACAUGCCGUGUCUGCGGCUCCGAAGCAGCAGCAACACGCCGGAGACGAGCAGGAGGAGCGAGAACUCAGAGGGCACGGAGAGGACUGAGGGUCGCAGGAGAGCGCUGGGCUUCCUGGAUGAAGACGAUCCCAACAUUCUCCUUGCCAUCCAGCUGUCGCUCCAGGAUUCCCGCCGGGCUCAGGCCCUGGAGGGGGGGCCGGAGAUGGACAGAGGUCAGGAGAGGAGGCCGGGUCCAGCGGGGGAUUUGGUCGACAUCGCUUUGCACUCUCUGAACACCGAGGAUCCUCCUGGAGCCAGAGGCUCGACCUUCCCCGCAUCCCUCCUGGAUCCUCCCCGUCCUCCCAACAGGACGGAUUCCACCUCGCAGCCAUUCGUCUCCAGCCCCAUCCCCAUCCCACCCCCGCCUCCCUCCCUCAGCGUGGAGCUGCUGGAGCUGGGAGACAGCCUUAUGAAACUGGGGAACAUGACCACUUCUCAGCACACGUACAGCCACGGCACGCUGACCGCCCCCUACAGCGACUGCAGCCAUAGACUGGAGCAGAACGCGUGGACUUCUCCGCACGUCCUCCCGCACGUCACCGAUCCGUGUCACGACAGCAAAGAGCAGAGCUACUGCCACUCCUCUGCGUUUUCAGCCGAGGCUGAGCACACUGCCUCUUCUGCACUCGAACGAACCCAAAACGUGGCGCACCCCAGUUCCCAUGACUGGGAACCCACAGCUGGGUAUGACGGCCCCCCCAAACCAGACUGCUCCUACCACCCCUGCCCAGAGCGCAGCAGCUCCUACACCGCAGAGCGCCCCACCACCUACGCCCUGCAGAACACCCCCAGGUCCGAAGCCAAGCCCCCGGUCCAGUUGUGCCUCCCGUCUCCAGAGCUGGAGCCGGAGCUGCUGCUGUCCCCCGUUAUCCCACCGGGGGGCCCUUUCACCCCCAGCGACCCUCAGAGUCUGGAGACUCUGGACGCCACGGCGAGCGCUCAGCUGCUGGACAACAUCAUGGCCUGGUUCAACAACAACAUCAACCCCCAGAACCUGGCCCUCAUCCCCUCCCCACCCACCACAGAGACAGACUCCUCCCCCGACACGCACACAGAGACUGAAGCUGGGGGGAACGUGAGCCCUGCGCCAGUCUGGCAGCCCCUGGAGGGCGAGCCAGAAGCGGACCGGGCGGCGGCGCCGACUCCCCCACUGGGCGCGUCAAGCAUGGAGGACCCAGAGAGGUCCAGGCCCGGCGCGUCGGAGGCGGAGCACAGAGACGCUGCAGCGGAGGGUGUGGAUGCCGGGUGUGUGGCUGGCCUGUCGCUGGACGAAGCGUGCUCACACCCAUGUCCCACAGACAGAGACAUGGACACCGUCCUUCAUUUAGAGGAGGACAGGUCACCUGAGGAGUGGGAGGGGCAGGAACACCUAGUGUGACAUCGACGAAAUCAAGAACAGGAAAUAGAAAAAUAAAAAAACAUCAAAUAGGAGUUUACUGAUCCUAGAUCUGCUGACUCUGUCCACUAAUCACGAUGUCUCGUUAUGUUCGAGUGCUUUCCGAAUCCGACACGGUUCCUUCUGGAACAUCAUGGCUCCUUCUCUUUUAUUUAUUCUCACUUUUCUGUCCAUCUCCGUUUUUGGUGCUGAAAUCCAAGCCUGCCUGGGUUUAAACGACACCGACCCAAACCCGAGCCAAACUCUGGAACCUCAGAGCCCAUUUAGCGCCGUACAAUCAUUGGCCCACCCCUGACUAGUUUAUUCUUAACUCGUGCACACCGUGCCUGUUCCGUUGGUGCCAACACACUACUGAUCACUAAAACCUCCAGACGUUUACAGCCAGCUGCAGGUGGGAGGGCCCUCCAUCAGAGUCGGUGCUCGUGAGACAAGCUUUUCUAAAAAUGUUCCCUGACUACCAGAGGCCACCAUCAAUCGUUCAAAUAGGUUUUUUAAGCAAAAAAACCUCCAAAAUCCAAGAUUUUCCCCCUAAAAAAAGUCGCAAUUUAAGUCGUCAACUAAGUUUAAAAAGUUUAUGUUUAUUUAUUUGGCAGACGCUUUUAUCCAAAGCGACGUACGAUUUACUUAACUUGUAGGGCGUGUUGUGAUCUGUGGGGGAAACCCACGCGUGCGCGGGGAGAACACGCAACUCCACGCAGAAAGGCCGCAGCCGAGUUUCGAACCUGCAACCUUCUUGCUGCGAGACAACAGUGCUAACGGCUGCGCCACCGUGCAGCCCACAUGUCGACGAAAUUCAUUUUAUCAUCUCUGAGCUGUUUACCUUCAUUUUCAGUCACUUUAGGUUUAUACGCUUUUAGCAUAUCGGCGUUCACACUACAGCAUCGUUUGACUCGUAUUUAUUAGCUGCUUUAGAAAAAAUAAUUUAUCAUCACUUCCUUAUUAUAGUGAGGAUCUUCUUUUGGUGUGUGUGCCUUCUUUAGUUUCUAUUUGUUAACAUUGUUUUUUAAACGCGCUAAAUCAAAGUUUAAAAGCCUAAAACAUUUCAUGGCGCAGCGGCUCGACGUUCAACCCCUUUAUCUGAACGUUCACGUCCAGCUGACCUUUGAUUUUAUUUUGUUGGACGUGUGACUUCCUGUUUGAGCCCCGCUGUCACGUUUACAGGAGAAUAAAACACGACUGCUGAUCUGAAGAUUGAUUGCUCAGUUGUUACGGUUAAGGUGGAGAAAACCCCCAAAAGGACAUUAUCUGUUUCCACAUGAAAGAUUUCCAGGAACACGUGCUCACCUGCUGUAAUAUUUCAUGAGUUCUGUUUUAAACCACUGCAUAAUUAGAUCUUCUUUUCUAGAGUUCAACAGCAGAUGCACUGAGUCGAGACUUUUUCUGCUCCAGAAUAUUAAUAACGUGUUGCGUCAAUCAUGUGCAGGCAACACGCAGAGAGGAUGAUGGUUUUAUUUAUUUUUAUUAUUAUUAGAAGUGGAAUAAUGCUGACUUUAAUGGCCUUGUGCCGUUUUUCUUUUUGUGCUUCACACUUUAUGAUUUAUUGGUCUCAGCCUACAUCUUUGGAAUAAAAAAAAGCACUCUCAUUGAUUAUACUUGAUACAUUCCCAGCAGGUCUCAAGAAGACAGAUUUGAUGUGUGGCCAAAUCUCUUAAGUAUCGGUGCAGAGUUUACUCUUAAUAAAAUGAACUGAAAGUG